GUGUAGAAGUUUACCGAUUCAACCGAUUUCAAUCGACUCCAUUAAAACUUCGUCUAAACUUAAAACAAUUCUCAUAUAAUCAGUGUAUUAAAAGUAAAGUUAAUUAAUUCAGAAGAUAUUUGAAGUUUUCGUUUCAUUUUUAUUUUUGCGUGAUCGAUCAACUAUUAAACAGAAAGAAACGAGAUGGGCGAGCAGCAAUUUUUCUUGAAAUGGAAUGACUUCCAGAAUAACAUGGUAUCAUCGUUUAAACAUUUGCGUGAUGAAAAGAGCUUUACCGAUGUGACGUUGGCCUGCGAUGGACAAACGUGCAAAGCUCACAAAAUGGUUCUGUCAGCCUGCAGCCCAUACUUUAAGACUCUGCUAGAAGAGAAUCCUUCAAAGCAUCCGAUAAUUAUUCUCAAGGAUGUUUCAUUCAAUCAUUUGCAAGCGAUUUUAGAGUUUAUGUAUGCUGGAGAAGUGAACGUCUCGCAGGAACAACUUCCUUCAUUUUUGAAGACAGCUGAUAGAUUAAAAGUAAAAGGCCUUGCAGAAACUCAAUCACCUUUCAAUAAACGUGAUGGUUGAUAAAUUAAAUCUCAAUUCAAUUUAUUAAUUAAUUUUCACUCUCCAAAAUACAUUCGAGACUUGAAAAUCAUCCUCCCUUGAUGUUAUCCCACAUACUCCCUCAAAUUAUCCAUGAUUUCAACAUGAAAGACGAAAAAAAAAAUCUUUAACACUUUGAAUUACGAGAGAAGUUCACAUUUAGACCCUUUUUUCGUAAAUUUAGUUAAUUCUUAAGAUAUUUUUUAUCGCAAACUUUUCUUUUCCAUUUUCAUGUAUCAAAAACUUAAAAUUUCUUCACCUGCAAAUUCAUUCAGAUUUUCUUUUUUUUAAUGUUGUUACCACUUCAUGUUUUUAUACUUUCUUCAACUAAUUAAUAUAUCUGACAAAUGUCUCAAUAGUCUCGAGUUAAAAAUUACAAAUGAAAACCAGUUAAAAAUAUUUUUUUAUGCCAAAGCACUCCAUUUUCUUCUUCUUUGUUGUUAGUUAAAAAAAUAACAAGAAUUGACUAAUUAACUUCUCACAAAUAUCUUCUCGUUCUCCCUUUGACUUCCUUUCUAUCCAUUUUCUAAGUUUUAAUUCAAAAACAUAAUUAUUUUAUAAGCACAAACGUGUAGUUUUUUUUUCUCUAAGUGAAGAUGAAAGAAAGAAAGAAAAUUUAUUCAAGAAAUGUCCCCAACGGAUAAACAGAGAAAAUAAGAGAAUUAAAUAAAGAAAAAUAAAAAAGAAUUCAUUGAUUAAGAAACUAAAUAAAAAUGAACAAUUUAAGAAAGAAAUCAAUGGAUCAUUUUUAAGUGAAUAAGAUGACACUGACAUAGGAAAAAAUGAAUUAAAUAAAAGAAUGAUUUAAAUAUUUUUAAAAAAAGAAUUUUCCAAGUUUACUCGUAUUCCAUAAUUUUCAUGAGAAGAUAUCGA